CACACACCACGGACGAUUUACCCGUCCGAUAGAUUAGGGCUAAUUAUACCGUGCUUCCUCCCCCUCUCGAUUGAUCACGGCGUCGGCGGCCACGCAUCCGGCGCCUGGGUGCACCGUCUCCGGCAGGAACCACACCACUGCCUUCCGGUGAAUCAUUUAUCCGGCGAAGAAACGACUGGAUAGAUCGAAGAGUAAUUCGACUGGAGCUAAAGCAACACCGAACAACGGACGGAGUUCACUCGCGUACGUGCACGCGCGCCGCGCCAAUGGAGGACGCCCGCAGCACGUGGGACAGCCCGAGCCACCCCACGCCAACAAUGGCAGCAGCAGGCUCGACGGCGAGCAUGAAGCUCUUCGUGGACGCGGGCGCGCGGCGCGUGGUGUUCGCGGAGGCCGGCAAGGACGUGGUCGACUUCCUCUUCUCCCUCCUGGCCCUGCCGCUCGGCCGGGCGGACCGGCUGCUCGCCCCGCUCGGCGGCGCGGGCGGCUCCGUCGGCAACCUCUACGCCAGCGUGGAGCGGCUGGACCCGGCGCACGUCCAGCCCGGCGUGGCCGACAAGAAGGCGCUCCUCCACCCCACCGUGCUCUCCCCGCCGGCGCGCGUCGAGCACAGCUUCCACCCGCGGAGGGAGCUCUACACGUGCCCUAGUGCCGGUAUCUACUGCUUGGAGUGCGCCAGGAACGUGACGGACUGGAAGGGCACCAGGUGCCCGUCCUGCGGCGACGAGAUGACGCUGGAGGCGCGGUACGUGCCGCCGGCGCCCAGGUUCUCAUCGACGGCCGGCAAAGGCGAGGCGGGCGUGGCCGCGCCAGAGGGGUUCGUCCGUGGCGGCGCCGCGACGAGGUACAUAGUGACGGAUGACCUCCAGGUCCGCCCGUCGUCGGCGGGCGAGCUGGUCGCGCUGUGCCCGGCCCUCGGCCCCGCGGAUGUCGGGGCGCUCCGGGAGCUCGACGUGCAGCUUGGGUUCAAGGAGGGCAAAGAGAUCCUCAAGGCCGUGAUGAUGCAGUCCAGGACCGUGCUCACCGACGUUUUCCGAGUAGCCGUACGCGACCUCGGCUCGUUUCCCGAAUUCAUAUUCGCCGAUUGGCUUCCUGCAUUACAAGCAGCGGAGGAAACUCUUGGGUGAGGAAGACAAGGAGAAAAAGACAGCAGAGCGGGCAGCAUCAUGAAACCCAGGAGAUAUUCUGAAUUGAACUUUUCUCUGUAACAACUAAGAGUUGUUCCAUGUCAGCCUCAUAGGAUCUGAGUGAGCCUGUGCGUGUCUGUAUGUCUGGUGUGUGUUGCGUUCUGCCGUCGUAACUUGUUUCUGAAUGGAUGUCGGGUGUGUGGACUGAGCUGUCUACGCAUUUUGUCCUCACUCGUGAGCAUCCGGAACCAACUUUUUGAUUGAUCAUCCAUCCUAGAAUAAAAUUACCUCAAAGCCAAGCA